AUGCUUCCGCUGCAGAGACGAAGGCGGCCGUCCGACGAUGACGACGACGUCAACGACAGCGACAACGACAACGACAACGACAACGACAACGACAACGACAACGACAACGACAACGACAACGACAACGACAACGACGCAGAAGUCGAGUCACGGCCGCGGCAAAGAAUGAAUGGCGACGACUGGCAUCACGAAAACUCGGAUGACGCGGAUAGCCAAACCGCCCAAACCGCCGGGGCCAGGGCUGAUGAGCAGCUGGCAAAGAAACUAGUUCGCUACGCCCUCUCGUGCGAGUAUUCUCGAACAGCCAUCAGGCGAGACGGCAUCAAGGAGCGGGUGUUGGGCAACCAAGGCCGGUCGUUCAAGCGAAUAUUUGCCCUGGCGCAGAAGCAGCUGAGGCAUAUCUGGGGCAUGGAACUUCGUGAGCUACCCGUCAGAGAGAAGAUGACGUUGCAUGAAAAGAGACAAGCCAUGAAAUCCAAUUCGCAACCCAAGAUGGGAUCCGGCGCCUACAUCCUGACCUCGACCUUGCCGCAGGCAUAUCGAGCCGCAUCCAUCCUAACGCCCUCCAGAAUCCCGACCGCGGACGACGAGGCGACGUACGCGGCUUUCUACACCCUGGUGGUGUCGCUCAUCUAUCUCAACAACGGCGAGGUCACCGAACAAAAGCUGAAGCGCUAUCUGCUGAGGCUCAACGCUGAUCGCAACGUGGCGGGCGACAAGACAGAGACGACGCUGAAAAAGAUGGAAAAGCAGGGAUACAUUGUCAAGAAGAUAGACCGUCCUCCCUCGAGGCAGGACGGCGACCAAGCAAUCACCUGGCAUGUGGGGCCUCGUUCCAAGGAAGAGAUUGGCCUUGACGGCGUGAUGGGCUUGGUAAAAGAGGUCUACGCAGGAUCAGACAUUGACCUUGACAAGAAACUGAGGGCAAGUCUCGGCAUCAAGGAGAGGAACGUGCCUAGAGAAGAACCGAGCGGCGCCGAGCCAAGCCGUCUGCGAGAAAGGGGGGGGGUGGGGGGUGGGGGGCAGGGUUAA